GCACUUCGGUGCCCGCCUAUAAAGGGCGAGGGGCAAAGCCGGCCCCGGCACCACCACCUUCGCCUCUGUGCCCUGCCGACCAACUGAGCGACCCGCAUGACCAGCAGCGAAGCCAUGGACACCCUGGGGCAGUACAAGAUCACAGUAUGGGAAGAGGAGAGCUUCCAGGGCAAGCGCUGCGAGUUCCUCAUGGAGUGCCCCAGCAUCAUGGAGCGCGGCUUCCGCAAGAUCCGCUCCAUCAAGGUGGAGUGCGGCCCCUGGGUGGGCUUCGAGUACCCUGAGUACCAGGGGCAGCAGUUUAUCCUGGAGAAGGGUGACUAUCCCCGGUGGGAGGCCUGGAGCGGGAACAGCGGCUACCGGACGGAGCACCUCCUCUCCUUCCGGCCUGUCAAGUGUGCGAACCACAAUGACAGCAAAGCCAUCCUCUAUGAGGCGGAGAACUUCCAGGGCCAUAAGUUUGAGCUGAGUGAUGACUACCCCUCGCUGCAGGCCAUGGGCUGGGGCAACAAGGAGGUGGCAUCCAUCAAAGUGAACGCCGGAGCGUGGGUGGCAUACCAGUACCCAGGAUACAGGGGCUACCAGUAUGUGCUGGAGCGGGACAGACAGAACGGCGAGUUCAAGAAGUACAAUGAAUACAGCAGCCAGGCCCACACCAACCAGAUCCAAUCCAUCCGCCGCGUCCAGCACUGAGCAGGGGCAGGACCAUGUGCCCCACAGCCUCCAGGCUGCUGUGCAAUAGACCUCUAUCCGGUAGCAA